AUCAUAUACAGGUCUAACUCCAGUCCUGGAUUCCAAUAUAUAAACGUGUCACGUAAAGACCAGAUUGCAGUGCUAUUGGAAACUUCAUUUUACGAAGAAAGAUGAAGUUCCUUUUGGCCCUUCUCGCUUUGGCUGUAAGCCUUUCUGUGGCUGAAAAACUCAGAUUCGACAAUUUCAGAGUCUACAGACUGAUUCCUAACGAUGAGGAGACCCUCAACAUCCUUAAACAAUUCGAGGAUACAGAAGAACUUUCUGAAUACAAUUUUUGGAGUCCUCCCCUCAAAGUAGGUGGAGAAGUAGAUCUUAUGGUACCUCCUUAUCGGUUUGACGAGAUAGAAAAUAUGGCGAAAAGCAGAGGGAUGAAUGCUAGUGUAUUCAUAGAGGACGUACAAGAACUCAUCGACAAUGAAGGUCUCAGAUCGCAAUCUAGAGCUGGAAGCUUCGGUUGGACUAGCUAUCACACUCUUGCAGAGUACAACAACUUUCUCAGAUCCUUAGCCACAAGGUUCCCUAAUACUGUAACACUUCUUCGAGGUGGCGUUUCCCAUGAAGGACGUGAAAUUCUUGGAGUUAAAGUAUCCUUCAGUCCCGCCAACCAAAAUAAUGCCGUCUUUUUGGAAUCAUUAAUACACGCAAGAGAAUGGAUUGCUGGCGCAGUCAACACUUAUAUUCUAAAUGAAAUCGUGACAAGUACCGACCCUGCUUUCCGUAGAUUUGCUGAGAGGUACGAUUGGUACGUUUUCCCCGUUUUCAACCCCGAUGGAUUUUCAUUCUCCCACACCAAUAACCGCAUGUGGCGUAAAACUAGGGUGCCAUAUACAUUAUGCUUCGGUGCCGAUCCAAACCGUAACUGGGCGUAUUUCUGGAACAGUGGCGGUGCCAGUGCCUUGCCAUGCGCGGAAACUUACCGUGGCCCAAGGGCUUUCUCAGAACCCAGCACCAGAUCUUUGUCUGAAUUCAUUUCCAGCAUCGGUCACAGACUUGUAGCAUACAUCAGCUUCCACUCGUUCUCCCAGAUGCUGCUUAUCCCUUACGGACACACCAGGGCGCAUUUGGAUAAUUACGAUUUGACACGCGCAAUCGGACUCAGAGCAGCUGCAUCUCUGGCUAGGCGUUAUGGAACGCAAUAUGUCGUUGGGAAUAUUGCCGAAACUAUUUAUAUUGCUAGUGGAGGAAGUAUGGACUGGGUAAAAGGUACAUUCGGGACUCCAAUUGCAUACACUUAUGAGCUCCGUGACCGAGGCAGUUUUGGUUUUCUCCUUCCUGCUGCGCAGAUUAUUCCUUCUGCGUUAGAAACAUUGGAUUCUUUGGUGACCAUCCUCGAUGAAUACGAAAGAAGUAAACAAUAAAUAAGCUUACCUGUAAUUAAGUUUAUUAAUAAAGAGGUUUUGCAACAUUA